AUGGCGAAAAAAGACAAAAACAAGAAGAAUGAGCGGCCGGAACCACCUGAGUCGGAAGUUCUGGAGGAGACCCUGGUGGCCACCACGGACCUGGAAAAGCCACCCGAGGAGGUCCAAUAUACGGACACGUCCUAUACCAGCGCCUCUUUCGAGUCAUUGCCGCAGGUCGAAGAAAUAAAACCGAAAAAGAAGAAAGGAAAGAAGAAGGAGGAGGUACUGGAAGUGGCAAAGAAGGCGACGUCGUUGUUCCUCGACUGGUCCGAUGAAUCUAUAGCAGAGGAGCAACUUCCUGCAGAAGAAGAAACGCAGGUUGGGAAAAAGAAAAAGGGGAAGAAAGGCAAGAAAGACAAGAAAAAGGAGGAUAUACCGGAUUUCGAAAAGCCAAAAAACUGGAAGAAAAUGAACAAAAAGGAAAGGGAGACCUGGCUCCUCCAGCGAAUUGAAGAAUGGAGAGCGGAAAAAGAAGCUGAGAAGCAGGCGAUUCUAGCUGGUGCUAAGGAGAAGAGAAUAGCCGAAGCAAGAGCGCGGGAGGAACUAAUGGCUAAGGAUAAAGAAGAACAGGAGAUCAGGAAAGAUUUGCUGGCAAAGACAGUCGUCUUAUUCAACAAAUUCGAACAAGAAAAGUUGAAUUAUGAAAGGAAAAGGCACCAAAAUGCUGAAUGGCAACAGUAUCUGCGCUGCGAUGGUCUCCCGGAUCCCCGUGUGAUCACGCAGAUGAACACCUACUUGCACCUAUGGAGGCUGGAGAAGAUUUGUGACGACAAUGAACUAGAGAGGCGCUAUGUGGAAGUUCUACCGAUGUUAGACUUACUUGAAGAAAUAAUGGCAGAUAAAAGACAGUACACUGAUUUGCAAGUCCAGAGCUUCGACGAAGUUCGUCUCGCCCUUCGCAAGGAGCUCUCCAACGCCAUACACUUCGCCUCGUACACCCUCCUUAGGGACCUGGAGCACAGGUUCAACUGGGACUCCAUAAAGGUGGCCAUCUAUGAGCGCGAGUUCAAGGGGCUGCGCUUGAACUUCUGGGUCGCCGUGAGGCUGCCGACGAGGAGACGAAAGCCCGUGGAGCCUGAGCCGGAACCGGUGGAGCUGUCUUUUCCCACCAUGAAGGUGAGCAUAAAGCUUCCGAAGAUCAUCGAUGGCUCCUGCGUUUGCGUGAGAGCGGCACGCUCACUAAUUGACCUACUCAGUGAACGUUGUCGAACAUUUGCACUCGCUUCUCCAAUGCCCAAUAGAUAUGAAGAUCUUUUCACGUUCAACGUCAACGAACAUGAGGCGACGUACAAGUUGAAGGCGGAGCAGGAAGCAGCUCGCGUCAAAUUCUACAAGGAGGUUCAGGAUAAGAUAAGAGAAAUAGAGGCGUUGAUAAAGGGCAACCCAUUUUUAAAGACUGACAAAGAGAAAGAAGAAUUGGACAAUUUGAACAUGGCAGAACCACAAGGUCUGCCAGAUCCGAGAACUUUUAUAUCGGAACAAAACGAACUCGCAUUCACCAAGUAUCUUAAACUGUGCUCAACAAGGACGAAGCCGGCGGAAGUUAAUCUUCGUAAGUAUAGGAUCUGUGGUGGGAUCCUCAACUUGGAUUUACUGACGACCCCGCCGCAACCCAAGAACAUGGAAGGCGGUAUAACUCUAACUACACGUGAG